CACCCCAACCACUCGGCCUCUCAGCUCCGACUCCGAUCCAUGGACCCAGCAGCUCCGGCGACAUCGCCGCCGUGAAGCGCACGCGCGCGAAGCUCCCGUCCGACACAACUCCGACUCAGCCGCAGACAUGGAUCGCCUCAGCCCGCUGCCAGACGACAUCCUCGCCAAGAUCCUCUCCUCCAUCGACAACUCUCCCGACGCCGUCCGGACCUGCCUUCUCUCCCGGAGCUGGCGCCCCCUGUGGAAGCUCCUCCCGGAGCUCCGAUUCCCCUUCUUCCCCGAGCAGGCCAGCAUGUUCCGCGACGCCCUCGACCGCCAUCAGGUGCCUCUCCGCCACCUCCAAGUCGAGGGCCACGGCCAAGGUGCCCUACCCAAGUCCCUCGCGAUUUGGCUCCCCGCCGCCGCGCGCCGUGUCUCCGGCUGCUUCGCGCUGCGCAACAACGCGGCUCCGAUCCUGGAGGACCUAGACGACGAGCGCGCUGAGGAUCAGACGGCGACCAUCGAGCUUCCCUGCUUCGAGCAGGCCACCUCGAUCUUGAUCUGCCUAGGGUUGCUCGGCAGCCUCGCCAUGCCACCAGCCGACGCUGACGGCGCCGGCGGCGUGUUCUCCCGCCUCACCGACCUCUGCCUGGAACGCGUCUGGUUCCACCACCCGUCCGAGCUCGGAGACGCCGUCUCCUCGGCGCGGUGCCCGUGCCUGCAGACGCUCAAGCUCCGCAACACUCCUGGGCUGGAGGUGCUCGCCAUAGACUCCACGAGCCUACUGAAGAUGAACCUGGAGGAGGUCAUUGACCUGCGGGAGCUCACCGUGGAGGCGCCGGAGCUCAAGGAGAUAACUGUGGUGGACUGCUUCGUCUUCUCGCUGAUGCCAAGUGAAUCGAUUGUUGUCACCGUUACAGCGCCUGAGCUGGUGUUCCUGGAUUGGAAAGACAGCAUGGAGAGCCAAAGACGUAUUCUGGCUCAGCUCAGUCAGUUUCCGCGUCUCUGCUCACUGGGAAGCCUCCUAAUCUUUGUGUAUGGAACUGAUGAUGCCUUCGUUCCAUACAACACAUAUUUUCUGGAGUUCUUGCAGCACAUUCAGUUCCUCGAAAAUCUUACACUGACACUGGUCUAUGUGCAGGACAUAGAGAACUAUCAAUACCUGAUGGAAGACAUGAGGAUGCUCCCGAAAGUUACAACUCUGCACCUCAUUGUAGCAUCAAGUGGGCAUUGCUAUGGGGCCUGCUUGUUCCAUAUUCUCAGGGUAUGCACUGGUAUAAGAAAACUGGUGCUAGAUUUACAUGCUACUCCUGAGUACAAGUAG